ACUUCAUUAACUGGACUCUAACUUGGGUUACAAAAGAGAAGCUCAGUUCGGCCCAUCCGGAAAAUGCAAAAUACAACAUAACGUGGGCAAAGCAGCCAUUGACUACUGCUAUCAGUGGCUUAAUCGAAAACCUUGUGCUCCUCGUUGAUCUCCUCAAUACCUCUCUGCUUCUGCAGCUAUGGCGUCUACAGUAACUCGCAGAUUUACAACCAAACUUCUUAGAAAUCCUUCUGUUUCUUCACCACUUUCAUUCCUUAGAGAUCCCCAAAUAAACCCAAAACUCUCAACCCCCUUCAAUUCGUAUGUCAAAUCAACUCCUUUUAUCCAAAAUCAGCCACCAUUUCUUGGCAUAAUCCAAAACUCCAAACCCAAUUUAUCACUUUUCCAAAAGAAAAUCAAGUUUCAAACUCAGGGGUUUCUAGGGGAGAUGAAAAAUUUGAGAUAUUUUUCAUCUAGUAAUGAGGGUGGUGGGAACCCAAAGAGCCCUAGUGAGUAUCCGAGUGAAAACCCUGAAUUUAAGCACCAGGAGAUCACAGGUCCAACUGUUGAGCGUGACGUUACGCCACUUGCAAAUGAGACCCGUGAAGUGCUCGAGAAAAUGCUUAAGACAAUGUAUAGUUUGAGCAAAGCAUUUGCUGUACUUGGGCUUGUUCAGCUUGGUUUAGGAGCCUGGAUCACUUACAAGACUCAGUCUUCCCCGAUUCCUGAGAUCUCAAUACAGAGUUUCUUGGCUUUUGGGUUACCAUUUUCUUUGGCAUUUAUGUUGAGGCGAGCGCUGAAGCCGAUUUACUUCUUUAAGAAGAUGGAAGAACAAGCUAGGUUGCAGAUUUUGACUCUUACUCUCCAGGCUGCUAAGCAAUUGAACUUGUUGUUUGUUCGCGUUCAAGGUGUUACUUACUCAUGUGUUGCUGUUACCUCUCUUGGUUUGAUCCUUGUUGUGUUCUCUAGAUUGAGUAAUUAACUUUCCGUUAUAGGUAUUAAUACAUCAAUAGAAAGCUGAAUAAGAAUUGCCAAUUUUGAAUGUUCUGAUCUUUUGAUUUGAAACACGCGAUUUAAGUAGUUGCAACAAGUGUUUGAUGUUGAAUUUGUAAGCAGAAUACUGAUCAAGAUCAGAUUUUUUGGGUAAGUUUAGCAAUGACUUGUGAAGUUCAAUGUUGAAUAAAAAAGAAAAUAUACCAUACCUUCGUGUUUGCUAUGUCAAACUUUCAUUGAUGGAGAUAUUUGGUCCACUUCUCAUCUUUAAGUUUUGUACAGAAGUUGUGUUGAUUUAAGUUAUUGCAACAAAUGUUUGAUGUUGAAUUUGUAAGCUGAAUACUGAUCAAGAUUAGAUUUUGAAAGCUUUAGCAAUGACUUCUACAAUUAAGUGUUGAUUACAAAGAAACUCUUAUCAUACCUUUGUUUUUGCCAUAUCAUACUUCCAUUGAUGGAGAUAUUUGGUCUACUCCUUACAAAACUGUCUGUUCCAGAACGUACUCAAUGUCAUGGACAAGAUGGAGAAAAUUGCAGGUCAAGUAAAGAACUAUGAGUGCCUGUAAAGCAUCUUAAGCUAUAUUUGUAUGUCAACAUAUAUGGCACAGCAUUUGCAUCUUGCAUGCAUUGAACAAUUAUCUUUACAUUUGUGGCUUGUUAUGUUCCUUAUGAAUGUACUAUUUUUGAAGUUACCAAUGGAGAUUGUGUUAUCAGGAUUGAAAAAGCAGAGAGAAAUCCUUUAUUUGAACCCGCAAUUUAAUUUUAUUUAGAACCA